GCCGCCUAGUACUGCACGGGCCAGCCCACCAGGCGGACGCCUGCUCCAACCGGCACGACCGCACGCUCCAUGCGCCAACAUAACAUAAACAAACUCAUAACCUUAAAAUUAAAAACUUUUCCAAAGUGCUCAAGACUGUGUUGUGAACUGGAACAGUGGUGUGUGCAAAAGUGGGACGAAAAAGUUUUUGGCGGGAUUCGCGAGUGACAGGAAUGGCCGAUAGAGCGCGCCACAAGUAGCCUGCAAUUGUUAUCAAAUGCUUCCUAUUGUUACGUGAUAACAGAUCGUGAUCAGACAGCAGUGUGAAGAGAUCAAAUAGAGUGCUUACAAAGGAUGAGGGAUAAGCAGCCUCGCUUGCAGCGCUACUUCGGCACAUAUAUACUUGCACUGAGAGGAUGACGUACGUGGCGUGGCUGCUGGUGGUGGGCCUGGCGGCGGUGGCGCGCGCCGGCGAGCCGGUCUUCGACCCUAGUACCCUCAUGAGGCUCGUGCUAGUACCAGCGGACGCCGCCGUCGGCUCCGUCAUCUACCGCGUGCGAGCCUCCGACCCCGACUUCGACUACCCACUACAGUUCGAACUCAUCGGUCAAAUGGGUCGUCUAGACGUCGGGAUUGAGACAUUGCCGUGCACCCGCUACAACUCGGUGUGUCAAGCGAAUGUGAUCCUUCUGCGUAGGCUGGAGCCAGGAAGAUACGUGGACUUUCGCCUGUCGGUGAGGAACACCAGGGGCCGCAGUAGCCGCAUCGGGUGCUCCAUCACGGGGACCAACGCCACCACGCCCCGGGACACCAUCUUCCCGCACCAGCCGAGCAUCAUACUGGCACCCGAGGACGCUAAGAGAGGCACCGAUCUGGAGAUUGUAAUUGCCAGGAAGAACCCCGUGUCGCCGAAGCCUUUGGAACUGGAACUUUGGGGUUCGCCUUUGUUCGCGAUUCGUCAGCGGCGGGUCUCAACGGAAAACACUGAGGGCACCAUUUUCCUCGUGGGUCCAUUAGACUUUGAGGCGCAGUCCAUGUAUCACUUAACCCUCUUAGCUGUGGAUCCGUAUGUUGAGAUAGGAAAAGAUACCAGGAACAUAGCUGCGUUGGAGGUGGUGGUUGUGGUGCAGGAUGUGCAGGACAUGCCUCCGGUGUUCACCUUCGCUCCUCCAAUCACGCACCUUCCGAAGCAAGUGGUGCCCGGUGACGUCAUCGUGAAGGUGCGCGCUGAAGACGGCGACAAGGGCGCGCCCAGACACAUCCGAUAUGGACUCGUGUCAGAGGGAAAUCCGUUUACGCCUUUCUUCAAUAUUAAUGAGACAACAGGCGAGGUGACGCUUGAGCGGCCGGUAGAAGAGAUCGCGGCGAUAUCGCACGCCGGGGCGCCGAUUCUGCUUACCGUGGUGGCGGAAGAGGUGCGGGUGUCCAGGGAGGAGCCGGAGGCCAUGUCGUCCACGGUACAACUCGCCUUCAUACUGCCGGAGAGGGACAACUCGCCCCCGUACUUUGAGAACCAGUUUUACAUAACCUACCUGGAUGAGAAUGCUCCUCAAGGCACAGCGCUCACCUUCAACGACCCAUACAUCCCUCAAGUCAACGACAAUGAUUCGGGAAAGAAUGGAGUGUUCUCGUUAUCCUUGCUCGGGAACAAUGGAACCUUCGAAAUAACCCCAACAGUUGCUGAGAGACAUGCGCAGUUCAUGAUAAAAGUAAGGGAUAACGUCAUGCUGGAUUAUGAAGCUCGGAAGUCUGUAAUAUUUCAGAUUGUAGCGCAAGAGCUAGGUCCAGCAACAAAUUUGACGGCAACAGCAAACGUCACAGUUUACCUCAACGAUGUAAACGACAACCCUCCAAUAUUCUUGGAUCAGUCGUACGAAGCUGAACUUCUAGAAAACAUAACUGCUGGUGCUAGAGUAGUCCAAGUCGCCGCCGAUGACGUAGACACCGGGGCCUUUGGCAAAAUACAAUUCACUGCCAUAUUAGGAUAUUUAAAUACUUCUUUACAUUUAGACCCUAUAUCAGGAAUGAUAACCGUCGCUACCAAUAAUCACGGAUUUGACCGUGAAGCGAUGCCAGACCUGCAUUUUUUAGUUGAAGCUAGAGAUAAUGAAGGAGUAGGUUUAAGAGUAACAGUGCCAUUAAUUAUUAAGUUGCUAGAUGUAAAUGAUAACCCACCAGAGUUUGAGAGAUCACUGUAUGAGUUUGUUCUCUCACCAAGUUUGAACAACUUCACAUCGUCAGCUUUUGUAAAAGCCAUUGAUAAAGAUGCGGAAGCCCCAAACAAUGUUGUAAGAUAUGAAAUAACUGAAGGAAAUAAGGAAGGGAAAUUUUCAAUAAACGAGGAAACAGGAGAACUGUACCUUUUAGAAACAUUGAAAAGGUCAAAGAAGCAAAACGUACACCGACAAAAAAGGCAAUUUGAUGGCAACGAGCAAGAAAGUGAAGUCUACGUAUUGACCGUAAAAGCGUAUGAUAUGGGUGUUCCACGACUUUACUCAUCUGCGAUGGUCAAGAUAUAUCCUCCAGAAAGUAAGACAAAAACUAUGUCUUUCAUAGUUCCUGGUGCUAAUCCGGAUAGGAAAAAGUUGGAGGAAGUUUUAAGUACUCUUUCUGGUGGCAAAGUCACUAUUGUUGAAAUAAAACCUUAUAAAGGUAAUGAUGGCAGCGCUACCGACUUAAGUGGACAAGAGACUAGUCAAGAAAAGAGUGAAGUUAUAGCAGUGGUAAGAAUGACAGGAAAUACUGCCAUUAAUGUAGCAAAAUUACAAGAACAACUGGCCAAAAAUAAAACAAUAAUAUACAACACAGAUUCGGGCCAUGUGGACAACACAAUUCAUCAUCAUGAUUCCUCGGAUAAUACACUUUACAAAGCGGAGAGCCGAUUACUGUUCUGGCUUCUAAUACUAUUAGCAAUAAUAGUAGCUUUAGUUUUAUUACUUUUAAUUUGUUGCUGUAUAUGUGAAGGAUGUCCUCUUUACAUGCCACCGAGGAAAAGAGUCAUACGUGUCAACUCCACAGAAGACGACGUGCAUUUAGUAGUUCGAGACAAGGGCCUUGGGAGGGAAAACAAAUCAACGCAAAAUUCACAAAAUAAGUCUAUUCAAGCUACUGAAUGGAGGAGAAGGGAAGCGUGGAGUGCUGAACAAGCUGAUUUAAGAACGAAACCCACUCAAUGGAAGUUUAAUAAAAGAAAUUACAGACCUAAAGAAGCUGCCUCUACUCCUGGAGAUCUAAGACAAGACCACGUUCCUGCUGCUGCUGCUAAUGAUUACAAUGAUGCUAGACAGUCUUUUAGACUAAGGGAUGGUCCAAACAUAAUAUAUACUAAAGAAAUGCAGCUCAACGAGUCAUUUAACAACAAAAAUAAAGAAUAUAUUGACGACUUAGAAAAUGGGUAUGAUAGGAUUGCAACUUUACACUAUCAUCGACGAGAUCAAGAUAAUGAUUCUAUCCGUAGACAUGAAAUAGACAGGGGCUCUGAGAUCUUUAUCAAAUCAGAACAUGAUAAAAUUGUAGAAGACAAAGAACAUCGGGCCCGGUCUUCCUUGGGAAGAGAUCAAUAUUUUAUAAAAGAAGGGAAUACUGAAAUUUUACGUCUAGUAACUAGAGGUAAUAAUGAAGAAGAGAGGUAUGUUAAUUUACCAACAAACCAGCAACAACGACCAGUAACCCUCAUUCCUCGCACGCAAUACGUAGUUGUUGACAGUGGCAAAAAUCUUUUGAUGGAAAGGUUUAUAAGAGAACAGGGUGAGGAGGCAAAGAAUAUGAGAGAUAAAAUGGAAAUAGUAACAAAUUUAGACGAUGAGAAGGACAUGAAAAACUUGGAACAAAGAUCGAAUGUGGGUAGUGACGCCGUCAAUAAGCUCCAUGAGUAUAUAAAUUUACACCCUGAAGUGCCUGGAACAGUUCCGUUGAAAUCGGAAUAUUUGCAAACAGCUUUACUUGAAAUGCAAAAUAAGUCAACAAUACAUCAGGAACUUUUAGAAUCGUCUCUAAGAAAACAAAAUGAGCUUCUACAUCAGAUACUUUUAGAGCGAGAACGAAUUAUGCAUAAUCAUGAAACCGCUUCUCAAGUUGAAAGUAAGCUUGAAACUCAAAGCUUGCCUGGACAAUCUGCAAUGGCUACACAAACAGAAUGUCAUAUAGGAACUCAAACUGAGCCCGAACCACAAGAACUAAAGCCAACAAGAAGGAAAGCUAGGAGUGAUAAUGAUUCAUAUAGCGAAGAUGAGACUCAAAUGACAACGGAAAAUGAACCAAACAAAGUUGCAUGGGUAAAAAGAAAAAAAUCUAAAAAGAAAAUUAAAUACAAAGACCCAAGAAGAAGUAUCAGAGUGUAUGAAUUAAAAAGAAAAAUUAAAACACCAAUAAUAGAAGAAGGAGAAAUGUCACCCACACUAGAAAGUGAAAAGCACGUAAAAGUAAGCAAAACUAAUGAAAGGGAAGAGUUAAUACGAAAAUAUGGGGAUGUUACAAAGAGUACAAUCACUACAUCAAAAAAUGAAACCGUAUCAUCAACUAAAAUUAAACUGACCGAUGAUGAUAGAAAAUCUGGGCUACGAAGGGAAGUUCUCAUGGAAAUAUCCGAUUCUUUAGAUGAAAAAGUAGACUCUAGCCAAGAACGAAGAAUGCGUUUACAAAAACAAUCUUCAAUUGAAGAUGAAGAAGAAAUAUUAGAAGCUACUAAAGAGCCACUUGCCAUAGAACAUGAAAGUAGCAAAGAAAGUAAAAGCAGAGGCAGUUCAGCCGAUAACCGAAACUUAGUAUUUUCUCGCCAAGGAUCAUCAACAGAAGCUAGAGAAAUAGCUGAAGAGCAUAUCUCUCGACAACACACACCAGAUAUAGAUCAGUCUCUAACAAAGAAGGCCAGUGAAAUACCUGAACCGAGUAAUAAGAAAUCUGAUACAGAAACUGGGUCAAAAUCUGGAGAUAAUGCAAAGACUCAAAAAAGUGUUCCACGAUACAUGCAAUGGUAUGGUAAGAAAGGAGCUCCAAGUGCAGCAAAACCACCAGCUCCAGAAAAAACCGUCCCUAGCAAGCCAAAAAGACCUUCUAAAACCAAAACUGAAGCAGUGGAUAGAGCCAAGGAAAUGUCCCGCUACGGUAAAAUAGUUAGUAAAAAUAACAAAAGUGAUGAUAUGGAGGUAAAAAAAAACUCCAAAACCAACGAAAGUGAAUUUAUUCACCCACGAAUACUGAAAGAGGGUAAAGUGACACCUGUGCCCGAUAUGACUCUGCCAGAAGUGCAUCCUUUGCUACAGCAUUCCGAACAUCGAUAUGAACAUCAGUACGAAAACCAAAAUCCCUUAUGUUACAUCCAACCAACUCAUAUCCCGAAGUACUUGGGCCAAGCAAAUGUGCCUUUACCACGUCGACAGCAACAACCUAUCUAUGUGAAUCAAGAUGAAGCUAAAAAGAAAGAGCACGAACUAUCUGAGAGUGCAUUAACGCAUAGCAUUUCUAUUUCUGCUAAUUACGAAGAGGACCAUAAGCCGACUGAGGUUCACGUCUCAAAAAUUAAUAUUGGAGGUGACCCAGUGCCUGAUAUUCCUCAUAGACCGACCAAAAUCGACGAUAACGAUUCCGGAAUUGCUAUGAACUCGCUUAUACACCAGACUGGUAACAUUAAGCGAUUGCCGAUAACUGAAAAGAAAAGUGUUUUCACAAUUGCCUACGAUGAUGUCCAAACUAAAAGACUAAGACCUGAUAGCAGUUCUACGUCCUACUAAAUGAUAGUUCAAGCAAAAAUGUGCCUUAUGUCCGUUAUGAUUGCAGUUAAAAUUUAUAUAUAGACACCAGUAUUAUAAAAGACUUCCUUGAGCAAUGUGCCGUCCUAAUCAGUGAUCAAUAUACCUAAAUCGUGUAAAUUUUAUUAGCUGCGAUAAAUUAUAUUAAGUAUUUUCUAAACUGCCGUUUCUUACGUAAUAAGAUUAAAGGAAACUCUGUAAACUAGUUAUUUAAAUUAAGAUUUGUAAAUAUGCCUCAUACAUAAAUAGUUACUGAAGUUUAAUAAGUAUUUAAAUAAUUAGGCACGUAAGAAAAAGUAUUCCAUUGUAAAUAGUUUUGUUUUUAAGAUAUUGUAUUCAUAUUCUGACUUCUGUCAUAAUUAUAUUUGUUACAAAGAUAAAAUACAAAGUUAAAUAAC